UGACGGCGGGACUUUUUUCUCCUCCCCAUCCCCACACCAGUUCAAGGCAAAGCCAGAUCCCCCAUCGCCCCUCCUCGUCCUCUCUGAUCCUCCUCCAACGCUAUCGUCUCCUCGCCACCGAUCGUCGGUCCCUUUCUUGGCCUUCGAGCCACCGAUCGCCGAUCCGCCGCUCGGCCCCGUCUCCACUGAUCUCCUCCUCUGCCGAAUCCCCCUGGUCCUGCCGAUCGGCGGUCGCCGAUUAGUCGUGGAUUGGGGUUCGUCGGGUGGCUGAAUCCUAGCCCGUUUGACUCCUCGCCGAGCUCGCGCUGCGUGCAGGAAGGAGGCGGAGCCCCUUAUCGUUUGUAGUCCCACGCCUCCUGCAAGCUUUUCGACGAAGUGCCCACGAGAGAACCGUGAGCUUUUUGACGAAAUGCGAGAUGAAACACCAGCUGCGUUUCCCAAAGAUGCAAAUGGGCCCGGGCAAAAGAUCGGCAAAAGUUUCGAUAGGGCCCAAACAAUAUAAGUUGGCCUGCAGGUCGGCCCAUUUCCACGUCAUGGAUCAAUGCCUGCCCAAAUCCUUCUAGUUAUCGGGCACUAGUCCCAACCAUUCUUUUCUUAGCGUGUUUGGAUUCAGGAUAUGGCAAUGGUAUUAGGAGCUGAAGACGCAAAGGAUUGGAUUUAUAAAGGAGAAGGAGCUGCCAAUGUUGUCCUGAGCUAUCGUGGUUCUUCUCUCUUCUUGCUUGGAAAAGUAUUACGGAUACAGAAGGUUCCAAAAGGCUCAACCCACUCUGUGAAUGGAUGUGCAGUCCUAUCUGGGCAUGAAAAACUUCUUUGGGGUGAUGUUGAAGAACUUGUAGAAUCCAAAUCAAGAGAUAUUGCUAUGCAAAAUUAUAUCAAGUAUGUGAUGAGUCAUAUGUUAGGCCCCAAGUAUAUAGAUGACAUGAUUCGUGUCACUGUGUGUAGGGAAUUUUUGGAGUCCAUUAAAAAGAAUGUCCAUGAUCAGCGUCCUGCCUGGCGAAUUGAUGCUGCUGAAGUUGAUGCCUUAUGUGAUUCUGCAUUUCUUAUUUCUGACCAUUCACUUUUCACUGGUACUCCUAGAGUGGAGUUGUGUGUUGCAGUAGAAAUAAAGCCAAAGUGUGGAUUUCUCCCAUCUUCGGAAUUCAUAACCAAGGCAAAUGCUAUUAAGAAGUCUGUAACACGAUUUAGGAUGCAUCAGUUUCUGAAACUUCAUCAGGGAGAGAUAUCAAAGGUAAGUGAAUAUAACCCACUUGAUCUGUUCUCUGGAUCAAAAGACAGAAUAUAUCAGGCCAUGACAGCACUAUUUGCAACGCCUCAGAACAACUUCCGUAUAUUCUUGAAUGGCUCUCUCAUUUUUGGGGGCUUGGGAGGUGGCAUGGACAGUUCAGCUGUUCGGUCUCAUGAAACAAACACGGCUAUCGAAGAUCUGAUCAAGGUCAGUGGCCUACAGUUACCAAGCUUCCUUGAACUCGUUUCAGAGACGAUUUUUAGUUCUGGAGUACUAGAUCAGCUUCUAGCAACUCAAAAGCUUGAUGUUCUUGACAUAGAAGGUGCUAUUCAUGCUUACUACAACAUUAUAUCUCAGCCUUGCAUGGUGUGCAAAAAUUCAGGUGAUCCAGAACUCUUGGAUCAGUAUUCCUCGCUACAUUCUCUUCCUCUUGAGAAAAGGCUGAAAAUCGUAAGAGAUUAUCUAAUAGCUUCUACAGCAAAGGAUUGUAGUCUGAUGAUCAGCUUUAGACCUGUAGACAGCGGAAGUACAGGAUCUGGUUAUAAUUCCAUAUUUCUUGAAUCAUCUAAUCAAAGCUUUGAAUACAAGGCACGCUUCAUUGACCUGGAUAUGAAACCUCUGGAGAAAAUGGUUCAUUACUAUGAGUUAGAUCAGAAGAUUGUGAACUUCUAUAUGAAGAGUGAUGACCCGGGAGGAACUCCAUACGAUUCAACAACUCGAGGUACCAAGGUCAGGAAGAUUCAAUAUCAUCAAUGAGAAAAGUCCCGACUUCAAAAACUGUAGGAGUGUCUGUCCAAAAAAAGAAAAAAAGGUUAGUUGAAGUAUCUCCUAUAUGGUGUAUUUUGGUCAAUUUCUGUUAUGGCCCCUCAAUUUUUAACAUUACCUGCCAUGUCAGUGUAUGUAUUUAUGGGUUAAAUGACACGACAAAUUGUGAGCUGUACUAUCAGUAACAUACAUUCAAGACCAAGCGCUGCUUCAUUGAUGGAGUGGCAUUCAUGCAUCCAAAACUUUCAAUAUCCUUUAGUAAUACUUCCGCCUCA